ACAGUCCUGCGGGCCCCGGGCACACCGCGACGCGCUCCACGGCACACUACGCUCGGCCAAUUGCUAUAAUGACACCACUCGAACGCGUAUCCGUUCAAUCAACUCUUAAGACAACAGGAUCCUCCAGUCUGCUCCCUGACUUGUGAUAUUGUGGUACACUGUGAUCCAGAACGUGGGAAGCUGACUGACACCGAUAGGAAGUGCUCCAGGGACGCACCAUGGACUGACCGAUAGGAAGUUUAAACAUGUAUGAUAUAACAUAAGACAGUGAUGAAACCGACUGCAACGUCAAGAGAACAUUUUUGCACUGAUAAUGACGAGUGUUUAGUUGGCGUGAAGGAUAAAUAAGACUUUGACACCAUGAACGGCAUAAGCGCUUCCGUGGAAAAGCCAGGGAUUGAGAUGGAGACACCGGCGAAGGAAGAGAAGAAAGUGAAGAGGUCGAGUGUGCGGGAGAAACUCAUGCAAAUAAGAUCGAACAUUACUGUGGAACCGAUCAUUGCAUGUUACAUCAUGUCCAAUGUUUUCUCGGGACUUGCUGUACAAAAUUUGAACCUGGAGAAGGCGUGUCGUGUGAAUUUGGGAUACAGUGACGAGGUGUGUUCCGCGCUGAACAGGCGACAAACUGAGAACUUUACCGCCGAGGAGGCCGAGGUCCAGAAGUUGACAGCCUCGGUGCAAGCGUGGAAAAAUAUAGUCCAAACAGCGUUCCCUUGCAUACUGGUGUUGUUCGUGGGAUCAUGGAGCGACAAGACAGGAAAGCGGAAGGCGUGUAUACUUCUGCCAAUCGUCGGCGAAGUAUUAUGCUGUACAAGUUUCAUCCUGAACACGUAUUUCUUCUACGAAUUGCCUCUGGAGAUCACGGCUCUGUCGGACUUGUUUCCGUCAUUGACUGGUGGUUGGAUUACUGUGUGUGUUGGCGUGUUCAGCUACAUAGGUGAUGUGACCACUAAGGAAAUGAGAACAUUCAGAGUGGGGGUGGCCAACUUAUGUAUGUCUCUCGGAAUACCGAUAGGGAUGUCCCUAAGCGGGAUAUUACUGCAGCAAAUUGGAUAUUACGGAAUAUUCUUCAUAUCAAAUUGCCUGUACUUCACGAGUCUCAUUUACGGGUACAUCAGGCUAAAGGACCCGAUCAUUCCCCCGGAAAGACAGCGAGAGCUACCAAGUGGCUGCCGGGGAUGGGUGUGCUCGUUCUUCGACGCUCGUCACGUACGGGAGACGCUGACUGUGGCCUUCAGGUCUGGGCCCCGCCGGCGGAGACUGCGCGUCUCUCUGCUCAUCGUCGUCGUCUGCGUUAUAUUCGGACCUUUGCAUGGAGAGAUGAACGUGUUAUAUUUGUUCAUGCGGUAUCGGUUCAACUGGGACGAGGUUCAAUUCAGCAUGUUCUGCACUUACAGCAUCAUAACCAACUUAGUCGGUACACUGUUCUCCAUAAGCAUCUUCAGCGACUUCUUGAAGUUGGACGACACUGUCGUCGGCAUCAUCUCCUGCACCAGCAAGAUCCUCGCCUCAUUCAUCUACGCAUUCGCUACCACCACCACGGAGAUAUAUAUCGGACCGCUGGUUGAAAUAUUCAACGGAACCUCCUUCAUCGCGAUGCGGUCUAUAGCGUCCAAGCUGGUCACUAGUGAGGAACUGGGCAAGGUGAAUUCUCUGUUCGGUCUCGCGGAGGCGAUGAUGCCGCUGGUAUACGGACCUCUCUACUCCAGGGUGUACAUGGCCACACUCAGCGUGUUGCCUGGUGCCGUGUUCUUGCUGGGAGCCGCUAUGACUGUACCUGCUGUUGCUAUAUUUGGAUGGAUGUACUUCGAACAGCGAGAGGACAACAAAACAGACGAACUCGAAAACGUCAACAAAGAAGUCUAGUGUUAAUUCUAUAAGUGAAAGUGUUAGUGGACUUAUUACGAGUGUUUUAAAUAAAUAACAUUUCUGUUA